GGGCAAUAAAAAUAAAGUAGAAUUAAAUCUCCUCUAAUUGUUCCAUCCCAUCUCCUAUCUUCCCCCAAGGCCACACGAAUCCCCUCAACCGCAACAAUGGGCCUAGACAACGUCCCCCAAGCCCAAGCCGUAACCGUAAGUCUUAAAGACCUCAUCAACGGCACCGUCUCCUUCGAAACCCUCACCGAAGCCUUCGGUCCCUCCUCCCUAGGCAUAAUCGUCGUCAAAGACCUAAACCCCGAAUUUCAACGUCUCCGCACCCAAGUCCUCUCCAAUGCAUCAUACCUCGCAUCCCUCCCCUCCUCCGACCUAGAAUCCCUAACUAGCCCCGCAGCAAAAUACCUCGUGGGCUGGUCCUGCGGCAAAGAAACCCUCCGAUCAGGCCACUUCGACACCCUCAAGGGCUCCUUCUACGUCAACUGCGCAUUCUACCAGGACCCCUCGCUCCAGGGCGCCCCCGCUGACGCCUUCCCCGAUCUCUCCGAAUACACCGCGCCCAAUAUCUGGCCCCCCAAGGAGACUUUGCCUACGUUCCGGCCGGCGCUGGAGGAGCUCUGCACGCUCAUUAUUGAUACGGCAGCGCUGGUGGCAAGGGCGUGUGAUCGGUACGCGGGGGCGAAUAUUGAGGGGUAUAAAGAUGGGUAUUUGGAGCAUGUUGUACGGACGAGUUUGACAACGAAGGCGAGGUUGUUGCAUUAUUUUCCUGCGGAGGGAGGUGAGGGUAAGAAUGCGGGUGUUGGGGAGGGGGAGGGUGAUGAUGAUUGGUGUGCGACGCAUUUGGAUCAUGGGUGUUUGACAGGGUUGACGUCGGCUAUGUUUGUUGAUGAGGCGAGGACUACAGAGGCGGGGAGGGAAUUGGAGGAGUUGGAUGUGUCGCCGGAUCCGAAGGCUGGGCUUUAUAUCCAGUCGCGGACCGGUGAGGUAGUUAAGGUUAACAUUCCGAGGGAUUGUUUGGCGUUUCAGACCGGGGAGGCGUUGGAGCUUAUUACUAGGGGAAAGUUUAGGGCUGUGCCGCAUUUUGUGAAGGGUGCUCGGCCUUCUGAGGGGAGGCGCAUUGCGAGGAAUACGUUGGCGGUGUUUACACAGCCGAAUUUGGGCGAGGAGGUGGAGAGUGGGAAGAGUUUUGGGGAGUUUGCGAGGGAGGUUGUGGCUAGGACUUAUUAGGGCAUUAUUUUCUUUUUGGUCUAUUAGUGAGAGGGUUGGUGGUUCAGAGUUAAGUUUUAUUAUGACGAUGGUGUGCGUAUAGUUAUGAGUUC